AUGUUCCACAUUGUGAGCGCGUCGUCUGUCGCGCCCUCCGUCGUCUUGACCUUGCUCGCCCUGCUCACCAUCUCUUUGGUCGUCCUCCUGAUCUUGCGCUUCUACCUGCCCCUACGGACGACACCAGCAUUCUAUCUCGUCCCCAUCUUCUUCGCACUCUGGCUGCCAGCAUGCAUGGUCCUUCUGGUCCCCGUCGACCUGGCCUCCGGUGCCAAGACCGACGAUGAGGCCACCCGCGGUGUUUGGCUGCCCGCCAGGGUGCUGCUCGUAUCCUGGAGGAUCACCUACUGGCUCACGUUCGCCCUGACAUGGUUCGUGAACCCACUUGCCAACGACUGCUCUGCCGUUGCUGACAUGAUGCGAACCGCAGGUUUAUCCUCCCCGUCCUCGGCGAAUACUCCGACGCCGGCUACCGCGACCCAAAGACAAUGUUCUCUAUUCUCUGCGUGCAAAUGCGCAGAAUCACGCCAUGGCCUUCGGGCUGGACUCGUCGGUCUCGUCUACCUCGUCACGUCCCACGGCCUCAACUUCGCCUCUCUCAAGACGACCAUCAUGGCGUUGGCCUAUUUCUGGGGCCUCAUCUUCGCCAUCUACCUCAUGGGCCACGGCCUCGUCUCGAUUCCCCGGCGCCUCUUCCGUUUCGCCUCCAUCAGCGGCAGGCUGCGCCGCCUCCAGAACCAUGCGCCCAAGGUGCACGAGCGCAUGGAGGAUUCACUACUGACGCUGGAGGACAUUGAGGUCCAAAUCUCCGAGUUGAGUCGUCGCAAGGUCGGGAGCGCUCGGGACUUCCAGGAAUGGAUUGACGAACUGGUCGAGAUGGCCAACCUACCCGAGUCGCAACCACGCGCUGGCAUGCGCGGAUCUGCCGAGAGCCGCGUCCUACCCACCGUCAUCACCGCAAAGUACAUGGCCGACCUGACGCGGAAGCUGACGCGCGCCCGUCAUGCGCGGUCACGUUACACCGGCGAGUGGAACCAUCUCGUGCAGGAGGCGGCUGCAACCCAGGCGAUCCUCGAUUCGGCAGCCUCCAAGAAGCUCGACUUUGGAGAAGCGUCUCCCCACGCUGGCUUCUGGGAUCGGACGACCAUUCUGACGCCAUACUCUCGUUACAUCUUUUACUACCACAUCCAGCCCUACGGCAGCAUCCUGAUCGGUCUCUUCCUCGCCGCUUGCUCGGCAUGCAUCGUGUGGUCCGAACUCAUCAAGGCCGCGUUCCCCAAGCUCUCCGUCAUCCGUAUCAGUGUUGUCCAUCACUGGGUCGGCGACAAGGGCCAGGUCGGCUUUGCUGGUCAGGUCAUCUCCAUCAUGUGGCUCUUGUACAUGUGCUCGGCUGCCUUUAUCACCAUGACCGAAGUCAAGACGUGGCGGAGCCGUGCGCUCGUCAAACGCAACACGGGGUACGAAUCGGCGUUCUGGUACGCGGGUCAAGUCGCCAAGCUCAGCGUCCCCCUGUCCUACAACUUUAUGACGUUUCUGCCCAAGGUCAUCUACGAGAAGACGCUGUUCUACCACAUCCUGGGGCAGUAUAUCAACCUGACGCCGCUGACAAGCUUCAUGGACUACCUCUUUCCGAUUCUCGUGCUCGUCCCCGUUCUCGCCACACUGUUUGGUCUCUACGGCAAAGUCCAGCGGUUCUUCGGUUUUGGCGUCGACAUCAUCGAGGAUGAGGACGAAGACAGCCAGCGCACGUAUGGCGCAGGAUCGUGGCGUGAGGGUCGUGACCUGAUCGAGCGCGAUCUCGGCGGCAACUCGAGCGCCCGGCGCCGUGAGGAGACGUUCGCCCGUCUGGGCGCUGCUGCAGCCGCCUCUGCUGCCCGGUCCGCCCCUGUUCUCACUGUGCCGGGCGGGGCGUCCUCACCAGCGCGAUCUCCCGUGCGACAUCAAGAAGCCCAAGUGGAUGGGUGGAGACGAUGA